AUGAUUUUUUAAAAUUCAAUAGAUUAUGAAGAUUUUAACUUAUUAGAUGUUGAUAUUUCCUAUAAGAAAAUAAAAAACUUUCAAGACAAUAAUGAGAUGAUAAUCUUGAAUGAAUCACGAAUCUAAAAGGUAUAAGGACAUUAAUGAAUAUAUAUAGAAAAAUCAAAAUACUUAAUGGAUUGAAUGUUUAAGUGAUUUAGAAAUAGAAUUAAAAGCUUUACUUUCUGAUAGAGUUUCCAAUAUACUUUAUUUAGAAUAAUAUUUAAAUAAUAGUUUAUAGCCAUUCAUUAUAUUUAUUUUGAACAAAAUGUAUAAAUAAUUACAAUCAAUUAGAAUAUAUGAUGAGAGAAGAUUGAAAUUGUAAUGCUAUCUAAAUGAGAUCCUUAUGUUAGUUCAGAAAUUGGUUAUCAAAAUUUGGAAAUCGCAUCCAAUUUUAGGAUUGCAACUCCUUAAAGAAAUUCAUAAUCAUAAUCUCUAAGCUUUUGAUAUUACUUUUUAUAAUAGUCAAAUAUCCGAUUUGUAAGUGUAUAAAUCUGGCAUUAAUUAAUUCUAUAAUGAAAGAUUACAUUAUAGUCUUUUAAAUUAAGCAGAGAUGUACAUAGAUGAAUAAGAAAACCAUUAUUUUUAUCCACUUAAAGAUGAGAUUCUCAAUUCAGUCUACUAAUCCAAGGGUGUGAUACUCUUCUCCCCAUUUCAACGUAUGCAAAUUCAUUACUUUUAUAAGAAUGGUGGUAUUGAUCUAUUAAAUGAUUCAUUUAAUAAUUUCAAUCUCAAACAAAUAGAUAUCUUAUAUAUUUAAUAAUAUUUUAAAGAACAUAUUGAUAGAGAUUUCUAUCUCAAUAACUUUUAGCAAUUAAAUUUUUAGGAAUUAGCUUUUAAAUUAUCUGAUGAAGAUAUUAAAAACUCUACAAAAGAAACUCUUAACUAAUUGAUUUCAUGUAUGCUUCCAAAUUCAAUUUAUUCUUAAGAAAGAUAAACAUAAUAAACUUAAUUUGAAAUGACUAUUCAUUUAUUAUGUCUCCGUUGUUCCUCACUUCAAAAGCGUAUUUAUGGUAAUCUAAAUCAAAUUAUUUUAUUAGGAUUGAAAUUCUUUUCUGAUCAAAUCAAUACUCUUUAGUAUCCAUUUAAAAGUCAAAUGAUCUUAAAAUUUUUAAUUGAAAAUUAAGUAUUCCAAGAUUUAUUUGGAGAAAAAACACAUUUUUAAUUAAUCAAAAGAUCAUUUCCAAUUGUUAAAUUUCUAUAUUUGAAUAAAAGUAUUAAAAGUGAAGAAUUGGUAACUAUUUUAAGAUUGGCUAGAGGUAAACAUGAAAUUUGGAUACAUAGUAUAUCAACAGUUUUAUAGGAUCUUGCAGAAAUAUUAAAUUUAGAAGAUAUAUAGAUUAUGUUGUAAAAUCUUAAAUCUAAUCCAAUUGGUAUAGAUGGUCUAAAUUUUAUAAAGAGUUUAGGUAAAAAUGAAUGUUUAAGAGGUUGUAUCAAUAACCAAGACUGUCAAGUAAUUGAUAAUAAAUAUAAAAAAUAAAAACUCAAUUCUUAAGAUGGCUAUAAGGUGAUUUUAAAUGAUCAUCAAGAAAUCAAUUCUUAUAAAGACAGAAUAGAUGAAUCACAAUAAAAAAAUCUAUUUCUAACUAUUUAAAAUUAAAUUGUAGAAUAUUUACUUAGUAUUGUUCAAGAGUAAUCUAAAACUAUUAUUGGUUAAACAGCAUUUGAUAUUGCAAUUGAACUUAUUUGUUAUUAAUUUUAAUGUCUGAGAAUUCAAUAUUUAAUAUUUGCUAUUGAAGCUUUGAAUUCAGAUUAAACUUAAUUAUCAAUUUAUCAUUAUUUUAAUAUGAUUUAAUCAAUCAUAUAAACUUCAUAUCCUAUUGAAAAUUAUAGGAACUCUACUUAAGUAUUUAUUUGGAUGGAAUAGACAUUUGAUCUUAAAUUAAAUUUUUUAAAAUUAAUUAAAAGAGAGAAAUUAAAAUGUCUCUUAAAAGAACAGAAUGAAUAUUUGUAGGUGAUGACUUUAUGUAUUAAUUUUUAUGAAUUUUUACAUCAGGAUAGUAAAAUUAAACAAUAUGAAUUAUAAUUAUUGUGGAAAUUGUUUGUAGAAAAUGCUAGAUGUCUUGAAGAAAGGGAUAUAUUUUUUGAUUACUCUUUUCGAUAAUCAAAUUUAGAAUAAGAUUCUAUGGAAUGGUUGUUAUUUAAAAUUAUCAAAUAAUAAUAUUAAUCAUAAUCUAUGCUUAGAUGUUUAAUCAAAUUAAUUCUUCAUUUUAAUAUACUAUACAAAGUAAUGAAAUCUAAUAAUGAGAAUGAAUACCGAUUAUAAGAAUCCAAUAUGAUAGGACUUAAUAUAUUGUGGAAAAUAUUUCACACUCAAUCUGAAUUAUACGAGUAAUUAUCUGAUUUUUUCAUCAAAUUGUUAAAGAUGUAAUAAAACCCAUAAAUCUUGAAUAAUCUUAAAUAAUAAUAUUUAGCUGAACUGUUUUCAUGUAUUCAAAAUCCUACAUCUAUUAAAUUAGUGAUUCAAUUAUUGGAAGAAUUUGAAGGAUUAAAACUUAUGGAUCAACAAGAUAAAAUCUUAAUUACCAUCUUUAAUGCGUGUUCAAAUGCUUUGAAUCCAAAAUAAUAAGAAAUUCAAUUAUCAAGUAAUUUACAAGUUUACUAAGCCAAAUAAAUUAUUGGAUAAAAAUUGAAUCCCUGGAUGAUACCAGAUGAUUUUGAUAUAUUUUGUAAAGGCAUUUUGUUUCAAGAUCAAAAAAAUCUUAAAGAUUAUAAAGUCAGCUCCAAACUAACAUUAUAAAUAUCAGAUAAAUAAAUUUUUUAAAAUGAAAAUGAAAUACCUUAACAACAAGAUUUAGAUGCAUAUGAAAAAGUAAAAAAGAUUUAAGACAUUGUGAAUAUACAAAAUUAACAAUUUAUAUUAUCAGUCUUAAAAGAUAAGAAUUGGGAAGUAGAUUAGACAGUCGAUGAACUUUUAGAUCGAGGUGAAUAAUUAUUUAUUGAGUAUCGAUAGAAAAAUAUCAAAGUCAAAACUAAAAAAUCAAAUGAGACUAGUUCUUCUUUUGCAUUCCUAAUCUCAAAUUAGUAUAUUGAAUAAUUGUUCAAUCUGCUCAAUUAAGAAAAUUAAUAACUUAAUGAAAAGAUUUGGAGCAUACUGCAAGUGAUUCCUAGCAAUUAAAAUGUUUAUAAAUUGAUUGAAAAUUCUUAGAAUGAUUGGAGCAACUUAUUAAUUGUAGAUAAUAAAUAUCGGUUAUAAUACCAUUUACAAAUACUCAAAGAAUAAUUGUCUUGUGAUUGUGUAGAAGAUUAAGAUAAUUAUAAUAUUUUGAGAGACAAUUUCUUAUCGAAAGGAGGUUUGCAAUUAUUAUUGAACAAUUUCUAUUAUCCAAAAGAAAUUGUACUCAUUAUUUUAGAAAUAUUUUAAAUGUAUCUGAAUAGUUAUGCUAUCAACCAACUUUAAGACAAUGACUAUAUUCAUCUUCUCAAACUAAAAUCUACAAAAAAAAUUGCUAGUUUAUUUCUUACAUAGGAUUACUUAUAAGAUAAUGAAAUAUCAUUUUUUAAAUCUUAAAGCUAAUUAUUCUCUUCAAUAAAACUUGAAAUUUCGAUUAACUGGGAGAAUCUUUUGGAGAAUUUAUACUAAAGAAUAGGUAUUGAAUAAUGUUAUACAAUGAUCCUUUGUGUUCUUUAGGUUAAGCCAUAUCUAUUGAAAUAAUAGAUUCCAAUCAAUUAGUUAGUUGUUUUGUUGACUAAUGAAUCUUCAGAAUAACGCAAAUUGACUGCAAUUUUCAUUCUUACACUGAAUAGUAUUGCUUAGAGAUUUGAAUAUAAUUUGAGUAAAGUAUUUUUAUUAGAACUCAUAAAAAGGUAAACCGAUUAAGAAGAGAUGUUUAUUGUUAUGGGUGAAUUAAUUGAGUAAACAAAUGAUAUUUCAUUUUUAAAUACUCAUGAUUUAGUUUUAUUAAUUUUAAGUUAAAUUAGGACUAGAUAGAUUAUUGAAUCAACAUUUGGAGAGAUCGAAGAUAAAUAAUUGUAAGGUUAUUUAUUGGUAUUGAAAUCAUUAUUGAAGAGGGAUUCAUCUUUGUCAGAUAAUUUAAUUGAUACUGAAUUCUGUCAAUAUAUCUAUGAAUGUUUAUUUGAAAUGCAUAAUGAUUAUACAAUUUAUCCAUUCUAUAAGAGAAGUAAUACAAGGAAAAGAGCCUUUGAUUUAUUAUUGGAAUUAAGUAAGAUUAAAAAGCACUUCUUCCAAAUUCUACCUUUAAUUUAUAAGAAUCAAUAAAAGGCAAUUAUAUCAUCAAAUCUAAAUUGCGAAUUCGGAAUUAAGGGUUUUCAUGGAUAUGUGGGUCUCUUUAAUUUAAGAGCUACCUGCUACAUUAAUUCGCUUCUAUAAUAAUUAUUUAUGAAUUUCUAAUUUCGAAAGGGAAUAUUGAAUAGUUAAAUUCUGAUUACAAGAGAUACAGGUGAAUCUAUCCUUCUUUAGAAUCCCUCUUAAUUGACUCAAGAAUUAAUUUAGAAAUUGAAUGAACAUACAUUACAUCAAUUAUAAUUAGUUUUUAUUCAACUCUAAGAAUCUGUUAAAUAAUAUAUCAAUCCAAAAUAAUUUAUUCAGACACUUAAAGGAUUUGAUGGAUAGUAGAUUAAUCCUAAUAUUUAAGAAGAUUGUAAUGAAUUUUUUAAUUUGUUAACUGGAAAAUUAGAAUCAGAUCUGAAGCACACACUUCAACAUAAUUUGAUAAAUUAAAAUUUUGGAGGUACUUUGGUAAAUGAAAUUAAAUCACUAUAGUAAGAUUGUGAUUUUCAGAAAGAAACAGAAGAACCAUUUUUAACUGUUUCUAUUGAGAUUAAAAAUAAAUAGAAUUUAUUUGAAGCAUUAGAUUUAUUUGUUAAAUCAGAUGUUUUAGAUGGGGAGAAUCAAUAUUUUUGUGAUGAAGUUUAGCGUAAAAUUAAUGCUGAAAAAAGAUGUUACUUCCUGAAAUUACCUAAAACUUUUAUUUUCCAUUUAAAAAGAUUUGAGUUUGAUAUAAAUACGAAUACUCGUAGUAAAAUUAAUGAUUUUUGUGAAUUUCCACUUGAGAUAAAUAUGUUUAAGUGGACUCGUGAUAAUAUAGUUGAACAUAGAUAGCUGGAUAAUUUAUAAGAGUUUAUAUAUUAAUUGAAAGGUGUUAUUGUUCAUACAGGAAAUGCUGAAGGAGGACAUUACUUUUCAUACAUUAGAGAUCAUAAAAAUUAAUGGUUUGAAUUUAAUGAUAAAUUGAUAACUCCCUUUGAUAUUUUAAAUUUAAAGGAAUAAUGCUUUGGAGGUAACUCAAGUGAUGAUUAAUGGAGUUAAAAGACUAAUAAAAAUGCUUAUAUGUUAUUUUAUGAGAAAGUUAAACAUUAGGAAGAUAUAUCAAACUAAAAGACUUAAAUAGAAAUUGAAGAUUUAGAGUAAGAGUAAUGUAGAAAGAAUAUUGAUACAGAAAAUAAUAAUGAAGUAUAUUUGAGAAAUGACGUAAUUCGUUAAAAUACCUUGUAAUUGGUUAAUAAGUAUUUGAAUGAUAGAGAGUAUAUGAAUUUUAUAUAAAGUCUUCUAUAAUUUGGGAUGGAAAUUAUAGAAUUGUAAUAUGAUUUUGAAUUGCUUUAAUUUUUAACUGUCGGUACAUUUAAAUUGUACCUUUAAGAGAAGGAUUAAUAGUAAUUUUAGAAAAACCUAAGAAUUCUAAAUAAUAGUUAUUAUAAGGAUAAUUAAGCAUGUAUUUGGUUAUUGGAUUAUUGGAGAAACAAUAAAUAAAUAUUGAUUGAAUUUUUAGUAGAAUGUUAAAUGGUUGAGAGUGCUUAAUUAUUGAAUUUAGUAAUUGAAUAAGCUAGGAAGAUCGACAAGUCUUAUGUAGUAAGAUUCUUUUAGUUUUAUUUGAGCGAAUUGUUACCAAUAAUAAGAGAGAACUUAUAGAAAGGAGUUAAUUAUUUCGAAGUGAUAAUUUAUAAUUUGGAAAGCGAUGGAGAUUUGUUGAAAUAGAUAUAGAAUGAUGGUUAUUUUUAAGAAUUCUAUAAGAUAUUGAAAGAAAAUUUUAAGAUAGUAUUAACAUCUUUAAUCUUGGUAUGUGAAAUACUGGUAAAUGUAGUCGUGAGUUGUACAACAAUUGGUAUACAAGGAUUGAAGGGUUGUCCAACAUAUAAAUAAAAGGGAUCAUUAAGUUUAAAUAUUGAUCAAUAAUGGAUUGAAGAAUUGUUCAAGGAUCAAGAUUUUAGAAGGUAUAUCUUAUCAAUGGUCUAGCAUUAAAAUAAAUUGAUUUAAAUGAUUAAACAUAUAUGUUGGAAUGAUUAGAUUAUUAGUUCUAAAGUGAUUAUAUAGAUUGUUUGUCAAAUUUUAGAUAAAAAUAAUAAAUGGUAAUAGUUGGAAUAAAUUACAGAGAUUUUUGAGGAAAUUCUGAAGAUAGAUGAUGGAUUACAGGAGUUUAGAAUUCAAUUGAUAUUUUCAUAUGAAUAAAAUAUGGAACCAACCAAUUAGGGUACAAGUACAUCAAUAAUGAAAACUUUUUAAAAAGAUGAUUUGAAUUAUAGUAUAGGCAUAAUAUGUAUGCUUGCUUAAUUAGGGAGUAAUGUUAUUGGGUUUUCUGCAUAUCUUAAUUAAAAUAAAGUAGAUUACGAGCAUUUGUUGUAUAUAUUAUAAGAGUAUUUGUAAUUUCCUCAUCAACUUUAAUAACCGAUCUUAAAGAUUAAAAAUGCUAUCAAAUAGGUAAUUUAAUGUAUAGAAAUUAGUUACAAAGUAUUUUCAAAUUAGAAAUCGACUAACAGAUAUAAUUUGAAUAAACUGACGAUUAGGUGUAAUUUGAUAGAGAGAAUAAUGAUUUAUAAUUUGAUAGAAACAAUAGUUAGAUGUAAAUUGAUAGAGACAACAGUUAAAUAUAUUUGCAUCAAUACAAUAGUUAAAGAUAAUAUGAUGAGGAUUCACAAUAAAGCAAUUAAGCAUAAAUGGAUAACGACGAAACUGAUGAAAUUCCUGAAUGA